UACUACACCGAGGCCCCGCAUUACUACAACACUGAAGCGCUCAAGUAUUACACUACAACCUACGCUGCCCCGAGCUACUACACCUACGUCCCGAAGUAUUACUGUGCGUAAAAUAAGGUCGUCUAAAAAAAAAGAAGUCGUCCACUAACUGCGGAGCCCUAUCUGUCACCAACUGCAUUCCUCAUCGUGAAACCGAUUCGCAAUUAUGGUCAACUAUGGUGUCGUGCUCCUGUUGGGUAUUGUAUCGCUGAUGGCUGGGUCGACCACUGGUGUACCGAUGUCUACUUGGUAUGGCGCAAACCAAACCGCAACGCCGCCGCCUUCCUACACAACAACUUACGCAACGACUAGUUCCUGCACCACUGCCUUCAAGUACUACACCACUAAAGCACCGGAGUUUUAUUCCACAACUUACGCUGCCCUGACGCCCUUGUAUUACUCUGCCCCGAGUUACUACACCAUCUAGGCGACGGAGUACUACAUGACGACGUAUGCUGCCCCAUCCGACUACACCGAGGCUCCCAACUGCUACACCGAGGCUCCCGCUGAUUACUCCACCAACAUGGUCGAGUACUACACCGAAGCGGCAAAGUACUUCUUUACCCCGAUCUACACAACCACAAGUGAGGCGGCCAAGUAUUACGCAGUCCCGACUUGCUACACAGAAGCUGCUCUUUCGUGCUACGUUGAACUGAAACACUACACUGAUGCUCCAGUCUACUACACCACGACCUACGCUACACCUAGCUACAACAGCGCAGCCCCCAAGUACUACACCGAAGAAGUCGCCUAUUACACAACCACGUACGCUGCCUGGUAUACUACAUCGAGGGAUUUAAGUAUUACCCUGCUCCAAAGUACUACCAAACUGAGGUUCAUAUGUAUUUCACCAGCAAUUCUCCUGACCAUGUCACCACUACUUAUGUUGCUCCGACCUAUACACCAAAGUUCUGAAGUAUUUCUCUGGAUGUGUUGAAAGAUUGCUGAAAUACAAGUUUGAUUGAUAAAACACAAGUGCAUGUCUCUAUUUUCUCCUUAAGUA